UCUCCUUGCAAGAAUUUAACCAUAGCUACUACUGAGUAGUGUAUCCAAAGAAUUGGGAAACAGUAGUACUGUAAAUUAAAAGUUGGGUUCACUUUUUCUUAUUUUUGUUCACAAUUAUUUAUGAAUGGUGGAGAAGAGAGUUUGUUUGUUAGGUAGUCAAGUUAUUAUGAAAAUAAAAGAAAAUUUUUGUUUCUUGAGGUUGGGGAUAACUUCAAGAUCACACCCUCAAUGAUCUUUAAAAGAAUAUCUAUGUCGAUUCUCCAAUGUUUCUUGAAGUUCCGAAAGUACGGUGACUUCUAACUCAUCCACACGAAUAUAUUUCCAAUUCAAUUUAGUGUAAAAGAAUACGUAUGUUGAUUCUCCAAUAUUUCUUGAAGUCCUGAAAAUACGACAACCUGUAACUCGUCCACAUGAGAUCUGCAGUUUUGUACAAGUUGAGAGUAAUUUUUGAAGUUAAUGUUCUAUGAAUUCUUUAUCACUGAUGGAGUGGAAUUCAAAAUCCCCAAUUCAGUGGGACUGGGAAAACCUAAUUAUGUUUAAUUCAACUGAAAAUCCAAAGAAAUUGCAAUUAGCGGCGGAAUGGGAGAUUGACGACGAGAAAGGGGUUGAUUCCGCCUCUUUUUAUUCCUCCGGCACCGGAAGUGGUACCGGCGGUAGUAAUACUGGCUCCGGUUCUUUGUCAAAGUCAGCUUCUAUAAAUUCUUCCAAUUUUACAUUAGAGGUAACUCAGACUAUUCCAGAAGAUUCCAAUUGUAAAAAAGUAUUUACUGCCAAGCCAACUGGUGCUUGUUCUAGUACUGUUGAGGGUUCUGUUGGCUCCGGUGAGCCGCUGCUCGGUUUGAAGCUUGGGAAACGGACUUAUUUUGAAGAUGUUUGUGCUAAGACUGCUGCAGUUUCUGUGGCUGCUGGAUCUUCUGAUUCUCCUGUGAAGAAAUGCAAGUCGGGCGGUCUGGUUAUGCCUGGAACGAGGUGUCAAGUCGAAGGAUGUAACCUUGAGCUUUCGUUGGCUAAAGAUUAUCAUCGUAAACAUCGAGUUUGUGAAGCUCAUUCGAAGUGCCCUAAAGUGGUUAUAGCUGGUCUAGAACGCAGGUUUUGCCAGCAGUGUAGUAGGUUCCAUGGUCUGUCGGAGUUUGAUGAAAAGAAGCGAAGCUGCCGUAGGCGUCUUUCUGAUCAUAAUGCAAGGCGUCGUAAACCACAGCCUGAGUCGAUCCGGUUGAAUCCUGCAAGGCUUCCUUCAUCAUUAUAUGAUGAGAGGCAGCAGAUCAGUCUCGGCUGGAACGGGGUCCCACUUGUCCAUAGCCGGCCUAAUGCAAAUUUUUCAUGGGAAGGCACAUCCUGCCCCAAGUUCACUAUAACAAAAGAAUAUGCACCGAAACCUGCAAAAAUAGGAGGUAUUGAUGGACAAUUGCAUUUGCCUGUCAAUGAGCCAACUGCCAUUCCUACCCAUCUUCAUGAUUCUAAGAGCUUGUUGCCGUCCAAAGCUAAGGUCCUCGGAGUUGAGGCUCUCAACCCAGGUUCAGAAGAAUCAAUGAUCUCACCGAAUGUUGAUGCAACACAGGAUCUUCACAGUGCUCUCUCUCUUCUGUCAAUGAAUUCUUGGGGUUCAAAAUCCAUUUCACAUCAGCAGCCUCCACAAAUGAGUCAUCAUACAGCCAUGCCUCACUCUAUGCUGCACACUGUGCCCCAAAGCUUGCCGCUUGCCUCGUCGGAUUACUGGAGAACUGAACAGCAGAUUACCGACUCCAGAGUGAAGAACUUGGCUUCACAAGACGAUGGCAGCGGUUACUUUCAAGAGUUCCAGCUGUUACGAGGCCCAUUCGAUAAUGAUUUCUACUCCGAUCAACUGAACUGACUGCAGAAUUCAAUCAGCAUUUUCAGUUUGUUAAGUUCACUUGUCAAUGCAGGUCAACACUUUCUUUGCAUGCUUGGAUAUUGUUCAUGCUGAGAAUUAUAAUCUACUGCUUAAUGGUUGCUGUUUAACGAUAUUCUUCCUGCGAAAGAAGCAGAAGUAUUAGCAAUAAAUUACUUGAGCGUAUAAAUUA